AGUUUUUUAUAAUAACUGACUAAAAAACUCAACUGGCAUUUCUAUCAGGAACCGUGCGUGAUAAGAGGAAGUGUGGAAGGUGUUUAGGUUUAUUAAGAAAUAGAUCUUGUUCCUGGCCUCUGGUUAAAUAUUACACACUUUCAAAACACUACAUUUCCUAAAACAUCUGUUUCUGCAUGUUGGAAAUGUCCGAAGGGAAGCAAGCUUAUUUUGCACAAGAGCUAAAAAGUCAUGUGUGCUGUCACAGAUGUAAACUAACAAGUGGACAUCAAAGCGAUGGUGGUGAGACCUGCAGAGGAUCUUUGUUCAUACUGGAUGAUAUCUGGUAGAGAAAUGCAGAGAACCUUCCAGCAUGUUGAUUGAUAUGUUUGUGUCCUUUCACAACAUGUGCUAAUCAGGCUUAGUGGUGCUGGGUCAACGCAUUGUGUAUCUGUAUGCAGCGAGGUGGCUCGGCAUCGACGAGCACAUGUGCGUCCUGCAGUUUUCAGCACAUUUUUCUUCAGUUUCCUGCACUCUUAAACCCUGGCAAGACAUUAAAUGGGAUUUACAGCUUCACUUUCCAACAUAAUCAAAAGGGAUGAUGUCGGUCUUGAUACCAGUACCACAGCCCUCCUACUCCCAGGCUAGGGAGAACGUAGUGAAGGCGAUCCCGCCCAAGCUGCUGUGUCUGCUGACCUGCGGAGGAAUAGACUGCCGCUAUGAAGGACCAGGCUGUUGGAAAUUAAAUCAACAGGCCAUUCGAGGCCUUUUCUCCUCCUGGGUGACAGAUGACAUUAUUGCCAUGGCACGGCCAUCCAAUCAUCUAAUUGAGAAGUACAACAUCAUAGAACAAUUUCGAAGGUUGAACAUCAGAUCAAUCAUCAACGUGCAGCUCCCUGGAGAGCAUGCUCACUGUGGACCUCCCAUAGACCCUGGAAGUGGUUUCACAUACUCUUCACAGAUCUUCAUGGACAAUGACAUUUACUUUUACAACUUUGGGAUGCAAGAUUUCGGUGUGUCCUCCCUCGUCGGUAUGAUUGAUGGGGUGAAGGUUUUGGCCUUUGCAGUGAGGGAAGGAAGGGUGGCUGUGCACUGCCAUGCAGGCCUGGGCAGGACAGGUGUCCUGAUAGCCUGUUACCUGAUUUACACCCUGCGCAUCAGCCCGAGUGAGGCCGUCCACUACGUAAGGAUUAAAAGGCCACGCUCUAUCCAAACCCGGGCGCAGCUCAGCCAGGUGUUUGACUUUGCUCGCCUGCUUGGCACACAGCUGGUCCAAUACCCAGACCUCAACAUGCGGCAUGGAGUCCCCUUCACCCUGCAGCACUACCUAAACCGACAGGCAAUAAUGCUGCAUGGCCAGGAGGCACGCACCCUCAGACAUACACCCAAGGUGGUGUACCUCCUGUGUGUGCAUCUCUCCUGCUUAGCCCUGGGUCUCCUUGCUCCUCCAGAGAUCCAGGCUGAGCUGGAGAACAGGUCAGUACUGAGGACCUUGAACAGGACUGUGAGGGAGACCCUGGUGUCCAAACAACACUUGCCCUUACUGAGGGAGGGUUACAAGGGGGCAGGGGGGAGCUCAGGGUCGGUGUCCUCCUGGGACGAGCCACUGGGAUUCUUGGAGAGGAAGAGAGAGGUGCUGUUGGACAAACGCAGCUACAGCGACUCUGACCUCAGCAAGAUCGCAGUAAUUGAGGAUCUAGAGUUGAGUCCAUACUGCACACCAGCACUUGGAAAUGAGAGGCAAUGGUGUGUUCAGAAUUUGAUACGACCUGAUCUGAGACCCGGUAGUCCGAUGCUUGCCACACUUUCACCGGGCCACCAGACCACCAAAAGGGCAUCUCAUACACUUAACAUCCAAAAAUCUAGCUUGACAACAAACAACAACUGUGCUAAAAGGUCUGGGUGCCCUGCGAAAAAGGCACUUCGGAAAUACAGCUCGAACACUGAGUUUUGCAGAAAUCCACAUUAUCCUGGCCCAACCUCAGUCGCCCGUGCUGUUGCUAAGGCGAUGGCAGACCAUGGUCCUCGAGGAGAAACCAUACUGCAAAGAUCGUCUCUGCUGCAGGAGGAACUGAACAGCAGUGACUGUGGCUGGGCUCUGCUGGUCACCGAGUCAGAGCCUCAGGUUCUCAGCUGUCUGUUGUGGACCUGGCUGGACAAGUUGAGGGAGCCUGUUCUGAGUGUAGAGGAUGUAGACAGUUUGAGGAACAGGAAGUCUCUCAGUGUGCUCAAGAAGCCACAGAGACACACCAUCUAUUGUCUACUGAGCUGUGUGAGCACGGUGACCAGCUUGUGUCCACACAGAGAGGAUGCAGUGCUGCAACGACUGGUGCGAGCACUUACAAGGCACUCCCAGGAGGAAAUGGGAAGCCUUGCAACUUUGAUGAAGGUCCUGAAGGCGAGUUUGAGAGAAACCUUCCACAACUACACACACCUCAGGAGGGCCUGCAGCACCAACGGUACACUUUGAAGAGUACCACUGGCACAUUAUCAUGGCUUCCUGAAACACUUGAAGAGAAUAGAGCAUAGAUAAUGUCAUGUGCUUUUCCUACUAUGACCAGUUCAAAUAUCUGCUGUGAAAAAGGCAGAUCUUUUUGGAGGCCACAGCAAGAUUUGGCUUCUGGUGCCUCAGUCCCCAAAUCUUACUGAUACCAUCCAAUUAUGUCUUUCCCAUUACAAAAUACAUACAAACAAGUACACAAUAGAUCUGUAAUCAAAACCAUCCAUCUCUACAUUUCUUUAUUUAGAUACAUCAAAUAACUUUUAACCCAUGUAAUAACUAUGAGCUCUCUCUGGCACUUAAAUGUUGUUUGUGUUGUUGUUGGUCAUACUUCACACAAUACCACUCACUCAGUGUAAUAAAUGUGCAAAAAUAUGCCAAUAACUAAAAAGCAAGUUUUAUAGGUUUUUGAGUUCACAUCACUAUCCUUUUCCAUUCAUUGGCGAUUAUGAACAAUUGGUACAAAGUCAGUGGAAAAGGAAGAUUGAUAUUUUUUCAAGUCAGGUAUACCUAAGAGAGGGGGUGGGAUCAUAAUUAUUUUUGCUGGUACUUUGCUUUACUUAAAUUAAAGCCCCCACAUUAUAAUUCAAUAAUGACACUGAUGCAAUGUUUACUGUAGGGUAAAACAUUUUGUUUCAUGUCUCCCAUACAUAGUAUGUAAGCUACUGUACUCUUGUACGAGCAGUUAAAAUCCAAACUCCAAAAAAUAAAAUAUUCUUAAAUCCUUAAAGUGAACCCACCGACUUCUUGCACAAUUGUUUAGCAACAUCUAUUAUUUAUGUGUGACAGUGUGAUUUUGUAACCUGGUUCAGAUUUUCAUGCCUAAUAAAUCAUUUAAACCAUCUGUGGCUGUGCUUU